AUGGUUAAUCUUCGCUUCGUCGUGCUUGCCGCUUUCUUCCAUGCAGCCGUUGCUUCGCCACUAUACUUCAUGUCCAAUAUGCCCAAACUCACACGUCGGCAAGAACUAACAACGAGUACCACAACGAGUGCCAGCACGGUCCCUGUGUCUCCUUUGACAGAGGCUGGCGGCCUGCCUGAUUCGGGGCGUUUCGGUAGCCCAACCAAGGAGUGCCAGGAUGCAAUCUUAGGCCUUUGCCCGUAG